AUGACCGAUGUGGUGUACUGGACUUGUCGAAUUCCAUGUGCGUGCGCCCUCAAAAAAGCUGCAGAUGUCGGCACAUCGAUAACUCUUAAGCAUAUUCACCCAUUCUGGGCGACCCUUAAUAUCGGUGAACAGGCUGGUACGAGUGCUCCUAGCGAUGUGGAUGACGAGGCCAGUGUGGAUUCAAACAACCCGAGGAGGUCAAGAGUAGGAAGGGGCGGCCUAAGGGGGCUAAAUCAAAGAAAAAAAGCAGAGGCCAACACUCUUGCCCAUGAACAAUCCCCACAGAAAAAAGCAACUCCUAAUUUGUGGGAUUACAGGGACGAGGCGCAAGGAAAGUCGACCACAGUUACUAGUGAUUCAAGUAAGAAGCGCCCCUCAUCUUCAGGUGGUCGUACAGAUGCAUCCACAGGAGAAGUGGCCGAUGGCGAGAGAGGCAAUGGCAAACGAGCUAAAACAGAAUUGGCAUCUGUACAAACGAAUCUACGGGUAUAA